AUGAACAUUGGUCGCCUUCCUUCGAAGACACCUGACGACUCUGGGGAUCAUGUUGAUCCAACCACCGUGCCAAACGCUAGCCUCUCGGCAGCUCCCAAUACUCAAAUCUCGCCGGUUUAUCCUGGCGGUCUCAGCUGGCCAUGUUCAGGCACACGAAAGCGGUUAAUAUCAACCCCGGAGGAACACACAGAGCGAAUCCAGAAGCUCGAAGGAGCCGUGCGGACCAUACUUGAAUGCAUUGGCGAAGAUCCAAAUCGAGAAGGCCUCCGUGAUACUCCGAAGCGAUACGCCAAAGCUAUUCUCUUUUUUACCAAGGGUUACGGGGAGAGUGUUGGAGACCUGCUCAAUGGGGCUAUUUUCCAUGAGAAUUACGAUGAAUUGGUCAUUGUGAAGGACAUUGAUGUUUCUUCCCUCUGUGAGCAUCACAUGAUUCCCUUCACUGGAAAGAUACAUAUUGGCUACAUUCCCAAUGGCCGGGUGAUUGGUCUUUCCAAACUUGCCCGACUGGCUGAGAUAUUCUCACGCAGACUCCAAGUCCAAGAGCGCCUGACCAGGCAGAUUGCUCUUUCGAUCUCUGAGAUUCUGAAACCGCAGGGUGUUGGGGUUGUUAUGGAGUCCUCGCAUCUUUGCAUGGCGAUGCGUGGGGUAGAAAAGGUUACCAGCACGACAACCACCAGCUGCAUGCUUGGAUGCAUGCGAUCUGAUGCACGGACUAGAGAAGAGUUCUUGACUCUUCUAAACCGAAGGUGA